GCGGUUCCUGUACAGCUGGCGCGCUCUCUUCCCUCGGUGACGAACUACGGCCGUCCCGCAGGUGGUGCUUCCCUGACGCUGCUGGCGCAGCUGACGCUUCCAGCCUUGGGCUUCGGAGGUUUCUGCCUGCAGGAGACAGGUAGUGCCUUGCCAAUCCCAGCAAUCGAGAAUGUCACCGGUGGAGUGGAGGCA